AUGAUGAACAAUAAUUUUACUAUGAAUAAUGAUGAUAUACAACAAACAGAACAAACAUCAUCAUUUAUUGAUUUACGAUUUUUUCUUGUUCGUAUUUUUUAUCCAUGUUUACUUGUAUGGGGUACGAUUGGUAAUGCAUUAUGCUUACGUGUAUUAUUAAGUAAAAAAUUUUUGAAAAAUUCAACAUGUCAAUAUUUAGCUGUACUUGCUGUUAUUGACAUACUGUUUAUAUUAAUGCGUUCAAGUAAACAUGUUUAUAAAUUAUUUCGUAUUACACCUAUAUUUAAUACAUCAAAAUGGAUAUGUCGUAUAUUAACAUUUUUUUCAUCAGCACUUGCACAUAUGGCAUCAUGGAUAUUGGUUAUUGUUAGUUUUGAUCGAUAUUUAAUAGUAACAAGUCGAUAUAGACGACAUAGUUCACCUGUUAACCGAGUUUUUUGUUCGACAAGUGUACUUAUUGCUAUUGUUGUUUUAUGCAAUCUUCAUUAUUUCUUUAUACUUGGUCGCAAAAUAACACUGAAUUAUAAUGGAUCAAUUAAACAACAAUAUGAUUUAUUUAACGAUACAAUAAAUAUUAAUAAUAUGUCUUUAGAAACUAUGAAUUCUUAUGACUUAUUUCAAUCAAAAAUAAUUUCAAUAUUUGUAUGUAUACCAAGUAAUGGUUAUGAACGGUUUUUUCGUACUUACAUACCUAUAUUUGAUAUUUUACUUGUUGCUGUUAUCCCAUUUUUUCUUCUUUGUUUUUCUAAUAUUGGUAUUAUAACAUAUACAAUGCAUAAAAAUCGUCACAUGCGUCAACAUCGAAAACGUGCACAUCGUCGCCAUCAACGAUUAACAAUAAUGCUUUUAUCAGUUACAUUGGCAUUUAUUGGUUUAACGUGUCCAUCAGUCAUUUUCAUAUGUGUUAAUAAAAUAAUUCAAUCAAAUCGGAUGAAACGCGAUGAAAAGACAGAUAAUAUUAAUGAAUUAUUUGGCAGUGGUCAACCAUCAAAUGUACCAUUAAUUGUUGAAGUAUGUGAAGCACUAUGGUAUACAAAACAUGCGAUGAAUUUUAUAUUAUAUACAUUAAGUGGACAAGAUUUUCGUCGAGAAUUUAUUAAAUUAUUUACACAAUGUUUUGAUAAUCGACCAACUAUUUUAAAAAAUUUAUUUCGACAAACUCCAAUGACAACAGAACAAAGAAUCGAUUCGACAUUAAUUGAAAUACCCAUAAUAACAAAUACAAGUCAGAGAAAAAAAAAAGCGAACAAAUAA